CGAUAAGGUAAAGAUUGAUCUGAAUGGGGAACGAUCUUGCUCGCUUGGAGGACUCCUUAAAAGAUGUCCUCAAGACGAACGGUACCCCCUUAAAGGCAAAAACAGCGAGGGCUUUUUUAAAAGAAGUAAAAGAGAUUGCCCCCUGGUUUAUAGAAGAAGGGCUCCUAAAUGUGCCACAAUGGGAAAACCUGGGUGAGGACUUAAAACGCUGCCCCUCUACAUCCCCAGGGACUCUAGCUGUGUGGUCCCUGGUGAAGGUAUGUUUACAAUCCCCCCGAGAGCCCCUGCAGCGAGCAGUACUACAGGGAGGGAAAGUCCUUGAGCAAAUGAAGGGAGAGUCCCGUAAGGGCUCCUCCCGAGAUUCUGAAUCCGAAAGCGAAAGCUCAGAAGGGAUGUCCGAACGCGAGUUACAGGAGAUAGGAAAGAUAGAGGCAAGUAACAAGAAAAGGGAAUCUCCCGGUCUCCAGACAGACUUGGAGACCGCGAGGCAGCAACUUGAGGAAAAGAAGGCGGAAUUGCAAAAGGUGUUAGGAGAGUUAAGAAUGCAGGGAGAAGUAAUGGCGCAGCUGAAGACAGGGGCGGAAGCUACAGUUGUGGCGCAGUCGAAAUUAAAAACGGAAGUUACACCGCUUCCGCAUUCCAGCCCCACAGCGCUACCCCAUGAGUGGCCCCCGCCUUAUAGGCCCAGCUGCGCCAAGACAUGCUAUUGUUCGGGCUGUACCGCGGAAAAUUGGAGAGAGGUCCUUGGCCCGGGAAAAGGCUUUUUUCCAGUGUUAGAAGAUCAGAAUCAGCAGAGGUACCACCAGCCACUAGAUUUCAAAUUGGUAAAUCAGCUUAAGGAGGCAGUCAGCGCCUAUGGACCCCAGGCAGCUUUCACUGUCUCCCUUGUGGAGUCGCUGGGAACACUUUACCUCACUCCUGAGGAUUGGGCCAACCUGGCCAGAGCGGUUUUAAGAUCACGUAAGCUCUCGAUUUGAAACAAAUGUUACUUAAGCACAUAAGUUACUCACCAAUGCCCGUCUGUGUUAGAGCUCCCUUUCUCUUCAUAGUUUUUAAUGCUUCUACUAUUAACAAGUCAUCUAGUCUCUCUUGUGAGUCCCAGAAUUGUCUGCUAUCAGAAUGUUGGAAUGCCACGGUGGGAGACUCGGCAGUAAUAGCCAAGAUACCGACGUAUAUCCCGAUGCCAGUACAGGUGAACCCCGACAACCUGCCGGUGCUGCUUCGACAUAAAUGAGACUUUGACUGCAGCAACACUCAACAAUGUCACCGGGAGGGUAGCUGAAGCCCUUGCAACACAAAAUUAGAUUAAUGGACUGUUAGGUGUAUACAAAACCCACGCGGACAUUGUCCUUGUUUUCUCACUUCCCUUCCCUGACGCACGCAUGGUAUGUUGUAGGAACAAUUAUAGGAGUGCUAGUGGUAAUUGUUCUUUUCAUGUGCCUCUUGCCUUGUGCGGUUAAAAUUAUACUCGCAGAAGUUUAUAAGUUAAGAGCCAUCAUACGUAACCAUCAGCUAAUCAACCGCGGUGGGCUCAAAAUGUCACCUUGAACGCCACCCAAGUAUCCAAGUAUCUCUUGGCUCCGUCGGCGAUUUGGUUAGUAUGUUAUAACAAUCAGUCUCAUUCCUCAAAAACUGGGCAGGCAUAGGAGCCCUGAUUAUGUUGAUGAUUCUGGCUCAAGUGCUCCUACUAAGAUGCAUCUGUAGAGUUGCACGACGGCAGCAACGGCAGCAACAAGUUUUGGUUCAAGCUAUGAUGGCUCUGGAGGCUAGCACCUCCCCCCCCAAAUAUGGCUUAGUACGCUGGAUCGGUAGCCAAAGACGGGUAAGACUGAUCCCUCACCAUAGCAACCUAAGACAGGGGCUCCUCAGCUAGGGGGAGUACCCGAUGACGGGUAAGCAUGUGUGCUGAGGAUUGGCAACCUAAGACAGGCACGAUCCCUGCCAUAUAAACAAUAAAAAAGGGG